AAAGGACAACUACCAAGGCAUCGUGGCACUUACAUCACUCCUAUGAAACAAAUAAUCUAAAUAUGAAAAUUAAUUAUAUAUAAAUAAGUAAUGUGCAUAAUAAAAACAAUUAUAUUAGAGUUGGUUAAGAGGCUAAAAGUGUGAUUAAAAAAUCUAAAUCUUCCGGAAUCUCACAAAACGCCAAAAACUUCAGAACCUAUUUUAAUUACAUAGAAAAUGCUAAUCAAAGGCCCUUUUGUAGAGUUAAUUGAUUGGAUUAAAUAUUAACUACAGUCUCACAUGUGUUUUCUGUGCAGGAUGACGGUGUCCAAUCAGCAUUUACGAUUAUGUUACUGACAGAAGGAUUUCAACGCUGAUUGGUUGCAGAUCAAAACACUCAACAGGUCCCGCCUUUUACCGGAAGCUGGCAGUCACCUGAUUUUGUUAGCCAGCGUCAAAGCUAGGCUACAAAACAAGUGUUCUGUCGUUUGUUUCUUUCCUUUUCGUACUCCUUCUCCGUUUUGUCGUCUCCUAACAGGGGAUAAAAUAACUCCUCAGGUACCUCCAAACCAUGGACGAGACGAGUCCACUUGUCUCGCCGCUCCGGGACUCUGGAGAUUUCAACUAUUGCACCACGGAGCCCAACAGCCCCCGAGGUGCCUUCGGGAGCACACCAGGCUCCGUGGUGCGCAUCCCGGCCGGUAGUCCCGGACGGAGCCGGGAGAGACAGCCGCUCCUGGACCGGGACCGAGGAAACGCUUCACGGGAGCCGCACAGGAACGAAUUCCCGGAAGAUCCUGAGUUCAGAGAGAUCAUCCGCAAGGCCGAACGAGCCAUAGAAGAAGAAAUAUACCCAGAGAGGAUCUACCAGGGCUCGAGUGGAAGCUAUUUUGUGAAAGAUUCUCAGGGGAAAAUUAUUGGAGUCUUCAAGCCCAAAAACGAAGAACCGUACGGCCAGCUGAAUCCCAAGUGGACGAAGUGGCUCCAGAAACUGUGUUGUCCUUGCUGCUUCGGCCGCGACUGUUUGGUUCUGAACCAAGGCUACCUCUCAGAAGCCGGGGCCAGCCUGGUGGAUCAGAAGCUGGAGCUCAAUAUAGUCCCCAGGACCAAGGUGGUGUAUUUGGCAAGUGAAACCUUCAACUAUAGUGCCAUAGACAGGGUCAAGUCUCGAGGGAAAAAGCUGGCUCUGGAGAAGGUGCCUAAAGUUGGUCAGCGCUUCCACAGAAUUGGACUCCCACCUAAGGUUGGGUCCUUCCAGCUGUUUGUUGACGGAUACAAGGAUGCUGAUUUCUGGCUGCGGAGGUUUGAAGCUGAGCCUUUGCCUGAAAACACAAACCGUCAGCUACAGCUGCAGUUUGAACGGCUCGUGGUCCUCGAUUACAUCAUCAGGAACACGGAUAGAGGAAAUGACAACUGGCUGCUGAAAUACGACUGUCCAAUGGAUUCUGGUGGUAAUAGGGACACAGACUGGGUUGUAGUCAAGGAACCCAUCAUCAAGUUGGCAGCUAUAGACAACGGCCUUGCCUUUCCACUCAAACACCCCGACUCCUGGAGAGCCUACCCGUUCUACUGGGCAUGGCUGCCCCAUGCAAAAGUUGCUUUCUCCCUGGAAAUCAGAGAGUUGGUGCUACCCAAAUUCUCAGAUCCAAACUUCAUCAAAGACCUUGAAGAGGACCUCUAUGAACUAUUUAAGAAAGAUCCGGGUUUCGACAGGGGACAGUUUCACAAGCAAAUAUCUGUUAUGAGGGGGCAGAUAUUAAACCUAUGCCAAGCACUGAAGGACGGUAAAUCCCCGCUCCAGUUGGUCCAGAUGCCCCCAGUUAUCGUGGAAACAGCUAGAGCCCCUCAGAGAGCAAAUAGUGAAUCCUACACACAGAGUUUCCAGAGCAGAAGGCCCUUCUUCACCUGGUGGUAGGACACAAGAAAAGCAGCAGCAGCAGGUUGCUGUGGUUGAGGAACAUCUGUGCAUGGAUGGAGUUUUUGUUUUGGAAAAAAAAUCCCACCACCUCUCCUCUCCAUGUGGAUCUUUUUUUUGCUGCAGAUGGAAAGUUAUUUAAUGUAGACAUGAGGCCAAAGGAAGAUGGAUUUCCGAGAAUACCUUCCCAGUUUGCAUCUGUGCCUUGUGUGAAUGUGGUUGAAGAAGGUGCUGUGCAGUGACAUUUCUCUGCAGUCAUGGGUGCAUGUUAUGGUUGCUCACACACCCACUCUCACAGUUGUCUGAACCUUCUCGUGCAUUUGUUUUCUAUUUUGUACAAGAGGUGUUUUGCAUUCCAUGUUUUUGUUUUGCUGUUUUUCUCGCACCUCUCAAAACGUGCAUAUUUCCUGUCCCACGCUGGCCACAGCAGUGCCAAUACAUUGGUUUUUCAUUUUCAUCAAGUGUUUCAGAAGAUUAACUCUCACAAAUUUAGGAAGAAGACACUAAACUGGUUUGUAUCUCUGAACAUUGACCAUGUGAACUGGUUUCACGAUAUGCAUUGUUUCUUUGGUGAUUAAAAUCUAAAAGUCAUCUGAGGUGACUUUGCAAAGCUGAGGUACAUAUGAUUCAAGAGAUUAAAGAAAAUAGGAGCCCAGUGACUUGUUUGCCUAAUUUGCCCUUUUCCUGCAAAUUAUUUAAAUAAUUAAAAAGGACAAAAGGUUCUGAAUCUGCAGCUAAACGGCUGGGAGGCGGUUUCUACCAGCUCCUGUUUUUCUCAGCUGCAAUGAUUUCUCUUAAGUUUCUUGGUCUUGGGUGGACCCGAGUAAACAAGAGAAGGUAACAUUCUGCUGAACUGACAUGAAAUGUAUUGUGACAAUGCACUGUAUCAUUUGUAUGUAAUAUAUGAUAGAUUCUAAUUAAAACAUAUUCAGUUAAUACUUA